AUGCGACAAGGUGCAGCCAUCCUAACUAAGGAGCCCACGGUCCGGCGCGAUGUCGUCGAAAGGUUGGAACGACGACUGCGGCAGACAGAAGCGACAAAUCGAGCCUUGACGGAGAGGUUAGCGGCUCUCAAUGCAAAAUCGACCCCGAGUGUUGCAAGCAACUUCUCCACCCAGGAGAGCCCAAACGAGAACGACUGCCGAAACGUGAUCUCAGAUGAAAUUUCAUUUCUAUCCUUGAAUGCAGGGGGUGAACGGCACUUUCUGGGAUCCACAAGCGGCGUUCUUCUUGCACAUCUGAUCCGAUCUGCGACGGUUGAGGACGAUAACUCCUUAGCUGAACAGCUGAACACACAGAGACCGGAUGCUGCACUAGGUUCCAGGCUGUCGGCGCGUCCUACACAAUUACUGACCUCGGACAAAGAACUACCAUCAUGUCCACCUGAGAGCGUGGCUCGUAAUCUCCACCAGGCCUACUUUGAACAUGAUCAUCUAUGCUAUCCGAUCCUCGACCAGUCAUCGGCGAUGGCCAGUCUGGAUCAAAUCUAUGCGGAACCGUCAGCACUAGAAAGGAAUCCGUACGAGGCAUUUGUCUUCUAUAUGAUCGUGGCCAUUUCCACCUCGAGUGUUCAAAAUCUUGAAUCGCAGUCACUGCCAGAUGCCAAAAUAUACCAGAAACAGGCGAUAUCAGGAUUGAAUAACAUAUUGGCUUCGGGAGGAUUAAAAGCCCUGCAGGCGAUUCUCCUCCUCUGUCAGCAUCAAUUGAUAAGCUCGACGCAUGAGACUUCCACCAGUCUAUGGCAUAUGAUUGGAAUGGCAGUGCGCAUGUGCUUUGAGAUGGGCCUUCAUCGUGAGGAAACUUAUAAGUAUCGAACAAAUCCCAACACACCAGCAGGCACCGACCUGGGGAUCCGUCGGCGGUGCUUCUGGUGUGUACUGGCAAUGGACCGUGUUGUUAGUAUUACAUUGGGUCGACCACUUGCAAUCCAUCUGGAAGAUGUGGAUCUUGCGCUACCCGACUGCGGAAAUGCACAGUUGUCGAAUGGUUCUCAAAUGGAUGAGAUGGCUUUGCCUAAAGAGCAGUUCCAAACAGCGGUGUUUGUUCACAUAACUCGAUACCGCAUUCUUUGUGGUAAGAUCAUGGUAUCCCUGCACCGAAGUCGUCAUUCGUCCAAUGAAUCCCUUGCCUUAGCUGCGCAGACAGAGCUUGCCAAUGAGUUGGAAGAAUGGCGAUCCAAAACAAAUACACUCAAUCUAAACAGCUAUAGUCCGUAUGGGCCUCGUCCCUCCAGCUUCUUGACUUUCGACUGGUAUGAACUGUUAUAUUAUAAUGCACUACUGAUGUUAUAUCGACCGUCUCCAGCUCUCCCGCUAACCUCAUCCCGGGCGUUGGUUGCGGUGCCAAUUAUCUAUGGUGCUGCCAAGCAAACCAUCAGUCUUUACUCGCACCUCCAUAGCUUACGAAGGCUCAACUAUACCUGGAUCACCUUGCAUAGCGUCUUUAUGGCGGGUCUUUCCUUCGUCUAUGCGGCCGGAGGGCACUUUCGCGCCAAGAAGACCAGCUACGACCAGCGCCAGGAACCAGCAAUGCUGAAAGCUGAUCCUUCAAUUUUAGAAAUCGUAAAUGUUUCACGCUCCUGCUCUAAUGCCCUGGUGGCGGUGUCGGAACGGUGGAAUGUUCCCCUAUACUGUCAUCGCGUUUUCGAUCGACUAAGUGAUGCCGUGCUGAAGGACGCGAUUGAUUACCACGUUUCUCGUGGGGUCGCUACCUGUCCACAGCCUGCUCCUUCUCCUCCCUUACUCGAUAGCCUGCCGCCAGUAGUCGCAUCGUCGCAUUUUACAAUGGAUGGCCCGACACCUAAUGGGUGGCCCAUUCAUGAUGCGGGAGCAUCUCCUUUGCUCGCCGUAGAUAAUGCAUUUCGGGAUUGUUUCAAAGAUUUACAGCACUUUUAUGAAUCAUCUUUCGGUGAAGAUCCCAUUGGGCAACUCUCACAGGAUUGGCUGGGACAGAUUGGUGGUCCGCCGGAUAUCUGGUCAGUGAAUGAUAGAUAA